AUGAAGUUGAACAAGGCAACCGGUCCUGAUGACAUACCUGCUGAUUUCCGGAAGCUGCUAGAAGAUCGAAGGUCCGUGUGGCUCGCAACUCUAUUUAACAAGAUCGUUGCAGAAGGACGGACUCCAGACUUUUGGCAAACUUCCAUGACUUUGCCUGUCUGGAAAGGGAAAGGAGACCUUGCUGAUUGCGCUUCGUACAGGCCUAUACGACUGCUAUGCCAUACGAUGAAGGUUUUUGAGCGUGUCUUAGAAGGUCGUCUGAGAAAAAUUGUCAGCGUUUCACUCAACCAGUGCGGCUUUGUGAAGGACUGCAGCACUAUAGAUGCUAUCCAUGCUGUCCUUAUCCUCCUGGAGAAACAUCGAGAGGAGAACCGCAGUGUGCAUCGUGCUUUUCUCGAUCUCGAGAAAGCUUUCGACCGUGUCUCACAUGAGCUGUUAUGGAUGUCCAUGAGGUCGCAUAGAGUACCAGAAGAAUAUGUGCGGUGGACAAAGCUGCUUUAUGCGAACCCUACUAGCGUUGUACGAUGUGCUGCUGGAACAAGCAGGCCAUUCUCUGUACAAGUAGGAGUUCAUCAGGGUUCAUCCCUCUCACCCCUGCUGUUCAUACUGUGCAUAACGAAGGAAAUCCAGAAGCAGCAUCAGUGGACCCUACUCUUUGCCGACGAAGUCAUGCUCGCGUCGGAGUCUCGAGAUGAUCUUCAGAAACGAUGCAGACCAAGGAUAGAGGAUGCUUCAAUUCGUGUUGAUGGCACCGAAUUAAACAAGGUGAACUGCUUCAAGUACCUUGGAUCCAAAGUUACUUCCACAGGCGACAUUGAUCAAGAAGGUCGAGCACGUGUUAAUGCUGCAUGGAUGAAAUGGAAAAUGGCAACAGGGGUACUGUGCGACAAGAAAGUCCCUGUUCGACUGAAGUCGAAGAUCUACAGGACGGUUGUGCGUCCUGUUGCCCUUUACGGAUGCGAGUGCUGGCCGUCAACGAAUGCCUUGGAAAGAGUGCUGUACGCUGUGGAGAUGCGGAUGUUGAGGUGGACGAUAGGUGUAACGCUAAAAGACAAAGUAUCCAACGACGCUACGCUCCAUCUUCGGCGUCGUCCCGAUAACUGA